CUCAAACCUGGCAUAGUUUCUUCAGAUGGAAUGGAGUGGGAGAGUGGACACCUGAAUGCAUAGAAGAGAAAAAAUUUCCACAAGUUGUUAUUUGGGAUGAGGUAUGUACAGUUCCUAAACAUAUUCUUGAAAUGUUCAUUAAUUAUUUAUUAAAACAUAAAUGCCAAGUAAUUUGUUGUGGUGACGAUGCACAACCUCUGCCAUUCUUCGGAGAAAUGCUACAUAAUUGGUUAAAAGAGCAUGCUGAUUAUUAUGAAGAAGUUUUAACUGAUUAUCAACGUCUCGAAAAAGAAUGGACUCCCUCAGAUCGUAUAUUAUCAGCACAUCGCCUAUCUCAAAGAAUUGCAUCACAAAAAUACCUUGAACUCCAUCGUAUUAAAUAUCCAGAUCAACCGGUUCCACUAAUAUAUAGGCCAAGAGAUGGACAUAAACAAAACUGCCUCAUUUCAAUUCCUGGUUCAUCUGAGAAACAAGAACUAGUAAAAAAUGAUAUA